AUAGAAUUGCGACUUCAGUGCCCUGCAAGUCCGAACGCCGUCACCAAUAUUGAAUUAUUGAUAGUGCAGUAAGCAAGGAGAAUCGUAAGAUGAGUGCUAUCUCAGCACCUAUAAUUCAGUUACUAUUUAGAAUCAGAUCCGCGCGCUCUUCACCACGCCACACUCCACAGCAGGACAAGCACGCUCUUCGUCUUAUUUAGUAGUACUUCCGAGUUCCCAUUACUACUUUACCUGUAACCCAGUCCGAAUUAGAAGCACGAUGUCUACGAGUACGAGUACAAGUACGAACAACAAACCGGUCUUGAUCGCAGGCGCCGGUCUCGCGUCCCUGCUGCUGGCGCACUCCCUGCGGCGGUCGGGGAUCCCGUUCAAGAUCUUCGAACGCGACGCCUCGUUCGUGUUCCGCGCGCAAGGCUACAGGUUGCGCCUCUCGUCGGAAGGCCUCGACGCCAUCGAAUCGGUUCUCGGCGCCGAGACCUUCCAGCGGUUCUGGGAGAAGUGCGGCAAGACGGGCGGCAGCGGCUUCGUGUCGCUCAAUGCGGUGACCGGAGAAGCGAUAGAGAAGGGAGAGGGGCUGCAGAACGCACUGGCUUCGAGAGGCGGCAGGGUCGUCGGCAUCUCCCGGGGUGAUAUGCGCAAGAUCUUCGCCGACGGCUGCGAGGAAGACAUCGAAUGGGCCAGGGAGGUGACGGGCUACGAGCUCACCGACGAUGGCGUGAGGGUGGUCUUUGCCGACGGCACCAAGUCGGUCGAGGGCUCGCUGCUCGUGGGCGGAGAGGGCAUCCGCUCCAGGGUCGCGCAGCAGCUGUCGGGCGGCAAGCUCAAGGUGUACGACACGGGCGCGCGGGGCAUCCACGGCCAGGCGCCGCGCACGGCCUUCCGCGGCCUGGGCGAGGGCGUCUUCAUGCUGCGGGACGACACGCGCGCCAACGGCGCCGUCAGCGUCAUCACCAACGUCCGCCCGGACGACGAGACGGACGACCCGGACGCCCAGUUCGGCUGGACCAUGGUGGGCCAGCCGGGCGUGAUCCGGCCUCCGAACGAGGACUACACCGUCGUGGGCAAGCAGGCGGCCGAGAUGGCCCGGUCGCUCACCCGCAACUGGUACCCGCGCUUCCAGCCGCUCUUCGACCGCAUGAACGAGGCGGAGGCGGCCUUCUGGAAGAUCACCUGCUCGACGCCGUCGGGCGUGCCCGAGUGGCCCAACGAGCCCCGUGUGACCGUCAUCGGCGAUGCCGUGCAUUCCAUGACGCCCGCCGGAGGUCUCGGGGCCAACACCGCUGUCCGCGACUCGGCAUUGCUGGGGAGGCUGUUGCGGGAAGCAGGCGGUUACAAGCCCGGCGUCACGGCCGCCUACGAGAAGGAGAUGAGGGUGUAUGCCAGCGCGGCUGUGCACCAGAGCUACUCCACGGCCGUGCGCCAGAUGGGUGUCAAGAUCGAUGCUGACACUCGUACAGUUGAUGCGUAGAUGCGGAGGAAUUGGAUAUCAGGCUUGGUGAACGAAGUACAAAUGCGAAGCAUAUUAACGUGGAACUCGGGAAGUACACGCGAAUGACGAGGCUAGAUGUGGAAGGUCCAAUUGCGCGAUGAACUGCCAAGGAAACUACCACCUAGAAACAAACCCGGUUACCGAUCGCGGGUAAUUUAUCCGCGCCAUCUGGAUG